AUGACGACAACAACAACAAAUAGCCUCAGGCACUUUUCUUUAAAAUUACUUCUUCACUCCUCAAACUCGCUAACGGUACCACGCAUGGAGAUGAAACUUGGUACGCAUGUGUGUAACAUCGUUUCCAUGACGACCACAACAACAAAUAGCCUCAGGCACUUUUCUUUAAAAUUACUUCUUCACUCCUCAAACUCGCUAACGGUACCACGCAUGGAGAUGAAACUUGGUACGCAUGUGUGUAACAUCGUUUCCAUGACGACCACAACAACAAAUAGCCUCAGGCACUUUUACUUCUUCACUCCUCAAACUUGCUAACUAUAGCACGCAUGGAAGUGAAACUUGGUGCGCACGCGUAUUACAUCGUUUCCAUGACAACCAUGACAACAAAUAGCAUUUUCUUUCUUCACUCCUCAAACUUGCU